UGUUGACCACAUCCAAAAACACCCAGAAUUUGUAUCACUUUGUACUGUGGUAGAAAAUAAUAUUGAUCUCAUGGAUGAUAAUGACCUUGUGGAUAUUUUACAUAUUGCUGACAGUUUUCAAGUGGAUGCUCACAGUUCUUUAGUGCAGCGGCUGGUAACAGAAGGUUGGAGAAGGUUACAAAGGCUUGACCUCCUCUCAUUGUCAACAUUUGCUGCUUGCUUGAGAAGACAAAAUAUGACCACUAGUCCACUCAUGGGUCAGAUAGCCAGCAUUGUGGACUCGACCCUGGAUGAUUUAGAUGAUCCUGUGACACUCUCCAGUUUCUUAUGCAGCUUGUAUGCUGUGAGCUCACCCCGUCUACAGGAGCGGCUGAUGGGAAAGACAGAGUCCUCCAUAGAGAAAAUGGACACUUCUUAUUUUGAGACUGCUCUCCAACUUACAGACAUUCUCAGUAAGGACAAAUCUAUUUUAUCCUUGAUGAAGAAGUGUGACAGAUUUUUCCAGGAGAAUGUUAGUGCCAUAGAUUCACAGACUAUAUGCAACAUUAUGAGAGUGUAUCAGUCGCAGCAUUUUACCAACUGUGAGUUCAACGUUGCGGCAAAGGCCAGGCUGAUGAAAGAGGUGGACCGCUGUGAUCAUCCAGACUGUUUUGCUGAACUCUUUGUUAUCCUGAGCCCUAUUGCUUCUUUGACAACGAGAGAAAGGCUUGAAACGAAGCUCGCAAGCUAUGCAGAUCAGAUGUCUCUGAUCAAUCUUCAAGAUGUUCUGAACAUAAUGGCCGUCACAAAGUCUACAAGCACCGCGCUCAUCCAAAAGAUCUGUUCACGGCUAUGGAAGCAUCUGGGGGUGUGCUCAUCGGACCAGCUAUGUAGCAUCGCAGAGACUGUGAUGUUACUGGGCUCCCAGGAUAGCGGUCUACAAACAGAACUUGAAAUGCAUUUAAAAAGGCGCAUGUUGUCAAGUUUCAUCCCAUCUAAUGUUGCACAAAUGAUGGCAGCCAUGUCUUUCUUGAACCCUUACCAGAUAGAUGAAGUCGUCAUUUCUAAGCUUUAUGAUAACCUUGCUCAGUGCAACUUCCUUGACUUAAGUCGUGUGACAUCUGCGGUCAUACAUGUGUUGCAGUCCACUGAUACUGCUCAUAGAAGAAAUGUUUGGAAACUCCUUACGGCAACGAACAACCUUAGACUGAAGAAGGUGAAAAAAGCAAAGUGUUUGGACUCUCUUUUACUUGAAAUGAAAGAUAAAGAAGGUACCUCAAGAAUGGAGAUGGAACUUGUAGAAGCCACAUUAAAUACCUUCCAACGUUUAAUAGAUCAGCUCAGCUGGAAGAACGUUACUCAAGUUUCUGUCUUAGUCCUUCGAAUGAACACCCAGUGUCCUGCUCUUCAGGACAAAAUUGCAAUGGUAGUUAUGGAUAAUCUUGAUAAGAUAGAUGAAGUCGUCAUUUCUAAGCUUUAUGAUAACCUUGCUCAGUGCAACUUCCUUGACUUAAGUCGUGUGACAUCUGCGGUCAUACAUGUGUUGCAGUCCACUGAUACUGCUCAUAGAAGAAAUGUUUGGAAACUCCUUACGGCAACGAACAACCUUAGACUGAAGAAGGUGAAAAAAGCAAAGUGUUUGGACUCUCUUUUACUUGAAAUGAAAGAUAAAGAAGGUACCUCAAGAAUGGAGAUGGAACUUGUAGAAGCCACAUUAAAUACCUUCCAACGUUUAAUAGAUCAGCUCAGCUGGAAGAACGUUACUCAAGUUUCUGUCUUAGUCCUUCGAAUGAACACCCAGUGUCCUGCUCUUCAGGACAAAAUUGCAAUGGUAGUUAUGGAUAAUCUUGAUAAGGUGGCUGAGCGUGUGUUGCGGGUGGAGAGCUCAGCCUCCAGUGACAUUGCGGCUCACGACGCUUUGUCUCCCCAUUUCUUGGUGAUGACGACAUACAUUUUUGCUGUGGCUGGGUACUUCCAAGAAGAGCUCAUAAAAGCAACAUUCAACACCAAUUUCCUACACCGCUUUGAUGCUCAAAUGGAUGCCUUUAAUCCCAGUAUAAGCAAGAAGUCACACUUCUACCUUAUGGAGCUGAAUCGUGCCAUCUGUAUAGAGCACCCAGAAUAUGGAGUUCCCUGGUUCCAUGAGCAAUAUUGUCAGCAGACGCAGCAUAGAAAUAUUGAAUACAUUCUAGAUAAAGAGGGAAACCCUAUUGCAUAUGUGGAAAAUGAUGUUCUUUCAUCUGACUCCUCAAUGAGUGACCAUGACAGUCAGUUACAGGAAAAUGAGCCUUUACCAGCAGGAGCUCAAAGGUUUGCGGUGGAUUUUCUCCAUCAUGGGGCAUGUCUGAGGAAUACACUCCAUUUAAAAGGUUCACCUGAAAUGAAGAAAAGACACUUGGAGAUCUUGGGAUACCGUGUCAUUCAGGUAGAAAUAGAACUAUGGGCAUGUUUUAGGAACUCUUCUGAGUGCCAGUACUAA